GGUAGACUGCAGCAGACUACGAAUGGACUAUGGAGUCCGUCGAAUGCGAACGCAGUUUACAACAGUAGAUGCACAAUCUUUAUUCAUCGCUAAGACGAUGGAUGAUCAAAGGAAUUUUCGUUCUUCCUAUUAUGAAAAGGUGGGAUUUCGGAGUGUCGAGGAGAAAAAAUCAUUGGAAAUGCUCCUUCGAGAUCGACCAUUCGAUAAGGCGAAGUUGAAACAAUUCUGUUUGAGAUUCACCGUCCCAGCGAUUUAUCGAAAUUUUUUAUGGAAAAUUUUGCUCGAUGUUAUACCUCCGCUCGAAGAGAGCCACAAAUUCGUCAUGACCCAAAGAACUAUUGAAUUCAAUGACUUGCAAAGAGCUUUGAAGGUCGUCAGUACCGUCGAUGAAACGACGAAGCCGUCAGAAAUUUUUCUUUUGAUGUGGCUUCUAAAAAAUAGAAGAUCCAAAAUUGACAUAAGAUCCCAGCUUGAGACUCCGAUGCUUAGGUCUAUGAAUAAAAUGGCUGUGAGUUUAUGGAACAUUAGUGAAGAUCUUGAAGAAGAUGAAAGACUGGUCAAUGUUUAUUGGAUUCUUUCUGGUUUUAUUGAACAAGUACAAAAGUUUAGUAAUGAAAUAGGGAGGCUUCAAGAAUGUACUUACACAAUGUUAGAAAGAGAAGAUAAAGAACUUUAUAAUCAUCUCAAAAACACAAGUGCCCUUCAAACAUUGCCAUUUGAUGUUUGGUUUAUGUCUUGUUUUGCUGGUAUUAUAAGUGAUGGUUCAAUAACAAAAAUAUGGGAUAAAAUUACAGUAGGAGCUUGUAGAAUAUUGAUUUUUGUGGCUAUUGCAAUGCUUACUACUCUAAAACGAUGUAUAAUCAGUCAAUGUCAAAAUACUGAUCAAGUUGUAGAAGUUAUCAACCAUAUAACUGAAGAAACUUCAGAAGUUAUUGUAAAUAAAGCUAUUGAAUGUUGGCAACAGAGUGGCUCUGUCAUGCUACAGAAUCAGAAUACUUUGCCGCAUUCAUGAAAUUGUUCUGAAAAGUAAGAACAAAUUCUGAUUUGCUGUGAUCGUUAUGAUAAUAGAUGUUUUUUAAUUGUCUUAUUCUUAUGAGACUUAUUGUACAUAAAAAUGACUCAAACCAUGAAAU